UCUCGAUGUGCGGUUCAGUUCGAAUUAGUUAACAUUAGCAUUCAAACAGAAAAAAAUAUCAAAAUUCGGUGCUGGUCUAUUUUCCUAUUAUUACAUCAACGGGAUUACAUCCAUUACACCAAGAUAUCGUCAAAAAUAGAAUGUGCCAUGGGUCAACGUGUUUCUCGAAUUGAUUUUGAAUGGACUUAUUCAGAUGAACCGCAUACCAGUCGACGGAAGGCCAUGCUUGCUAAAUAUCCACAAAUCAAGAAACUUUUUGGGAUUGAUCCAAUGUUUAAGUAUGUCGUUACAUUGAUGGUAUUAACACAAUUCUUAAUGUGCUACAUUAUGAUUGGCAAAUCAUGGUCGAUGAUACUGUUGGUGGCAUAUUGUUUUGGCGGUGUAAUAAAUCAUUCCUUGUCAUUGGCAAUUCAUGAAAUCUCACACAAUCUGGCAUUUGGGCAUGCUUAUCCGACAGCGAAUCGUUGGUUUGGAAUUUUCGCGAAUUUACCGUUGGGUGUGCCGAUGUUCAUGUCCUUUAAAAUUUACCAUCGUGAGCACCAUAAAUAUUUGGGUCAAGACACAUUGGAUCCGGAUCUACCAACGCUCAUGGAAGCGAAGCUUUUUAGCACAACAUUUGGUAAAUUCUGUUGGGUUUGUUUGCAGCCAUUAUUUUAUGCCAUAAGGCCACUUAUCGUUCGACCGUUGAAACCAACUCAAAUGGAGUAUGCAAAUGUAUUCGUUCAAUUAGUAUUUAAUGCAAUUGUAACACAGUAUUGUGGAUGGCACGUCAUGUUUUAUCUGGUGAUAGGAACACUUUUAACAAUGGGAUUCCAUCCCAUUGCUGGUCACUUUAUAGCCGAACAUUAUAUGUUUGCAAAAGGAUUUGAAACGUACUCGUAUUAUGGACCAUUAAAUGUUUUAACAUUCAAUGUGGGCUAUCACAACGAACAUCAUGAUUUUCCGUACAUAGCUGGCAGUCGUCUGCCGCAAUUAAAGGUUAUUGCACCAGAUUUUUACGAAAAUAUGCCACAACAUUCUUCGUGGAUUCGAGUAUUGUAUGAUUUCAUAACAGAUCCGGCAGUCGGUCCAUAUGCUCGACACAAACGGAAAGCAAUGGGAUUAGAUUCUUAGAGACAAGUUUUUUUUUACUUUUACAGUUUUAAUUUCUAAUUUUAUUUUGUUGUGGAAUAUAUUGUGAAAAUUGUGGACAGUACAACAAAAUUCAGAGAUAAGAAGAAUUAAAAUGUCGUUUUCGAGUUGCA